AUGGCUGCCCUCGUGAAGACCGUCGUCGUGACUGGAGCCACAGGGGCUCAAGGUGGUGGUGUGGUGGACGCCCUGCUCUCGGCUGGCAGCAAGAGCAUCAGAGGUAUCACGAGGAGUUCAUCGUCUAAGAAGGCCAAGGAUCUGGCCGCAAAGGGCGUCGAGGUGGUCGAGGCUGACCUCGGGAAUCAGGCAUCGCUGUCCAAGGCAUUCGCUGGGGCCGAUGCUCUCUUCCUUGUCACGGACUUCUUCGGGGCGGGAGCCAGCUUCGAGGGCGAGUUACAGCAGGGAAAAACUGCUGUGGAUGCAGCCAAAGAGGCCGGUGUUGGCUUUGUGAUCUUCAGUGCCCUGGAGGGCAUCCCAGCGGAUGUCAAGGAGAAGCUGCCGGCUCUGCCUGACGGCCGCACAGUCGCCCAUUUUGAGUCCAAGAAUGCUGUCGCGGAGUACCUAGCCCAGUCAGGACUGUCCUAUGCGCUGCUGCGGCCGUGCAACUUCUACGAGAACAUGAUCAACUUCACCUUCUACCAGCCGCAGGCAGAUGGCUCCUACGCCUUCAGCGACAACAUGGGCACCGCUCCCCAUGCCUGGCACUCUGUCAGCACAAUCGGCCUGACAGCCGCAGCAAUACUGGAGGACCCGAAGAAGUACAAGGGCAAGAGUGUGCCGGCCCUGGGAGAGCACAUAUCCCUGACAGACAUGGCAAAGAUUGUGAGCGAUGUCACCGGCAAGACCGUCAAGUACCAGCCGGUGUCUGAUGAAAUCUUUGCAUCGCUGCCGAUCCCCGGCGCGCAGAACCUGGCCAACAUGAAUUCGUACUACAAGCAGUGGAGCUACUACGAUAACCUGAGGCCGCUGAGUCAGCGCUUAGUCGCCGGACCCACCUUCAAGGAGUGGGCUGAGGCCAACGCUGCUGCCCUCAAGGCAAAGCUGGAGUGA